AUGCAUCUUGCCGACGGAGCUCCGCAGGUCAAUGGCAAGAGCCAGACUGAGUAUGGCCAAAAUGUGACCGUAGCGUUAAAGAAAGAAGAGCAGCUUGAGAAAUCUUCUGUCCAAAAGCUGUCCAAAGAACAAGACAUUGUACUGAAAACGUUUCGCUUGUUAAUCGCCGAUCUAUGUCAGCAAUUCAAAGGAGGACACCCUGGCGGUGCGAUCGGUAUGGCAGCGAUUGGUGUUGCGUUGUGGAAAUAUGUCAUGCGCUACGCACCUCAUACGCCCACAUAUUUCAAUCGUGAUCGAUUUGUGUUGUCAAACGGCCACACAUGUUUGUUCCAAUACACAUUCCUGCACCUCACAGGCUAUAAAGCCAUGACGUUCGAGCAGCUGAAGUCCUAUCACUCGGAUCGCAUCGAUGCCCUGUGCCCCGGGCACCCAGAGAUCGAACACGAAGGUAUCGAAGUCACAACCGGACCGCUUGGUCAAGGGGUUGCCAACGCUGUUGGCCUCGCGAUGGCAACGAAGAAUCUCCAGGCUACCUACAACAAGCCCGACUUCGAUGUAGUUUCAAACCACACCUGGUGUAUGAUUGGCGAUGCUUGCUUACAAGAAGGAGUUGCGCUCGAGGCGAUUUCUUUCGCAGGUCACCUAAAGUUGAACAAUCUGACCAUCAUCUACGACAACAACCAGAUCACCUGCGAUGGGAGUGUUGAUUUGACCAACACAGAAGACGUGAACGCCAAGAUGAGGGCUUGCGGCUGGGAUGUAAUUGAUAUUGAGGACGGCUGCUUCGAUAUUGAGGGCCUGGUAGAAGCAUUGAACAAGGCGCGAGCAGCGACCGAUAAGCCGACUUUCAUCAACGUUCGGACCGUCAUUGGCCUCGGCAGCGCUGUUGCCGGCAACGCAGUAGCACACGGCGCCGCUUUCGGUGAAGACGAUGUUGCAAACAUGAAGAAGAUGUACGGCUUUGAUCCUCAGAGUUCCUUCGUUGUCGGCGAGGAAGUGCGAAACUUCUUCGAAGAUCUCCCGGCAAGGGGAGAGGAGUUUGUCCGAUCCUGGGAGAAGAAGGUGCAAGCGUACGAAGAGAAGUACCCUGAACUCGCCGCAGACUUCCGCAGGCGUGUCGAGGGUCGCCUGCCAGAGAAUUGGAAGGAGCUGAUUCCGGCUAAGGAAGCUUUCCCAGAAAAGGCCACUGCUACCCGAGCGUCCUCUGGGCUCGUCUUCAAUCCCAUUGCUCAAGCUUGUAACAACUUCAUGGUUGGCACAGCUGAUCUUUCGCCUUCCGUUAACAUGAUAUGGAAGGGCAAGGUUGAUUUUCAACACCCCGACUUGAAAACCACGUGCGGCAUCACGGGCAACUACAGCGGCCGAUACAUCCACUAUGGCGUGCGCGAACAUGCUAUGGCGGCAAUCAGCAAUGGAUUAGCUGCAUUCGCCCCCAACACAUUUGUUCCAAUUACCUCCUCGUUCUUCAUGUUCUACUUGUAUGCUGCCCCAGCAGUCCGUAUGGGAGCGUUACAACACUUGCAGGUCAUCCACGCAGCCACGCACGAUUCAAUCGGAAUGGGUGAAGAUGGCCCAACCCAUCAACCGAUCGAGUUGGCCAAUCUCUACAGAGCUAUGCCUAACCUCCUCUACAUUCGACCAGGUGACAGUGAAGAGACAGCCGGUGCGUGGAUAACGGCCAUCGAGGCGAAGCACACAUCGACCAUUAUUUCUACUUCCCGCCACACGCUGCCACAACUGCCUCAGACAAGGCGAGACGGUGUAUCGAAGGGUGCAUACGUUCUGGAAGAAGUUGAAGACGCUGAUGUCACACUCAUUGGCGUAGGUGCGGAGCUUUGCUUUGCCGUUGACGUGGCGAAGGAGCUCAAGAGUAAAGGAAUUAAGGCACGCUUGAUCAGCUUCCCUUGCUGGAGACUAUUCGAAGCUCAGUCGCUCGAGUACAAACGGAAAACAUUGAGGAAGCACCGUGUUCCUGCCGUUGUCAUCGAGCCGUAUGCGCCUAACGGAUGGGAGCGAUACGCUAAUGCUGCGAUCUGUGUGAAACGUUUUGGUCACAGCCUACCGGGCAAGGCAGCCUAUAAGUUCUUUGGUUUUGAGGUUGGCACUAUGACGGCCAAGAUUAGCGAAUAUCUCAAUAACAUCAAGGCUGAUGACAUCCUACGCCAGGAGUUUGUUGAGCUAUGA